GCGCAUUGGCGUGCACGCUCACGUUUACGCACGCCCAGAGCAGCAGAAAGAGAACAGAACAGAGAAGAGAGAAAAAUCCAGCGAGUGCUCGUCUCCCACGGACUCUCUGAGCUUCCUGGACCCAGAGCAGAGGAAGUUGUCCCCCGGAGUGACGUGCACCGAGAGCGGCGGAACGGUGUCUCUUGCACCCGGAGUUUGCACGACUGCAGGCGGAGGAAGUUUUUUUUGAAGGGGGGGGCACCGUGUUUUUGAGUUGCGGAGGAAGAGAGGAGCACAGCAGCACGAGAGGAGGACGGGGAGGAGAGGAGGAGAGAGGGCAGAAGUUUCCGCUGGUGUUUGUCGUGAGCUGCGGGGCUCCGUCUUAUCCACAGGAAUGUCGCAGAAGGACCGACCCGCCUUCUACCUCCAGGAGCUCAACAAAACCGUGUGGGACGUCCCGGUGCGGUACCAGAACCUGUCCCCGGUGGGCUCCGGCGCGUACGGAUCCGUGUGUUCAGCGUAUGAUGUGAAGACAGGCCUGAAGAUAGCCGUGAAGAAGUUGUCGAGACCCUUCCAAUCCAUCAUCCACGCAAAGAGAACCUACAGAGAGCUGCGGCUGCUCAAACACAUGAAGCACGAGAAUGUGAUCGGCCUGUUAGACGUUUUCACGCCAGCGACGAGCUUAGAAGAGUUCAGUGAUGUGUAUUUGGUGACCCACCUAAUGGGGGCGGAUCUCAACAACAUCGUCAAGUGUCAGAAGCUGACUGACGACCACGUCCAGUUCCUCAUCUAUCAGAUCCUCCGAGGCUUGAAGUACAUCCAUUCUGCAGAUAUCAUCCACAGAGACCUGAAGCCCAGUAAUCUGGCUGUGAAUGAGGACUGUGAGCUCAAGAUCCUGGACUUCGGUUUGGCACGGCACACAGACGAUGAGAUGACGGGCUACGUAGCCACGCGAUGGUACCGGGCCCCGGAGAUCAUGCUUAACUGGAUGCACUACAACAUGACAGUGGAUAUCUGGUCAGUUGGCUGCAUCAUGGCUGAACUACUCACUGGACGGACGCUCUUCCCUGGUACAGACCACAUUGAUCAGUUGAAGCUUAUAAUGAUGCACGUUGGAUGCCCAGGGCCAGAACUCUUGAUGAAAGUCUCUUCGGAGUCAGCGAGGAACUACAUUAAUUCACUCCCACACAUGCCCAAGAGGAACUUUGCUGAUGUGUUUAUUGGCGCCAACCCUCUCGCGGUGGACUUGCUUGAGAAGAUGCUGGUUCUGGACACAGACAAGAGGAUCACAGCGUCCGAGGCUCUCGCUCACCCGUACUUUGCUCAGUACCACGAUCCAGAUGACGAGCCGGAAGCGGAGCCUUACGACCAGAGCUUUGAAAGCCGCGAGCUGGAGAUCGAGGAAUGGAAGAAAUUAACCUAUGAGGAGGUGGUCAGCUUCUCACCGCCAUCGUUCGACGGAGACGAGAUGGAAUCCUGAGGAGGAAUCGCCUUUUUUUUUAUUCCAUCUAUUAUUUUUCCAACGGACACUCUUUAUGGACUAUCAGUCUAAUGUGACUAUCCACCACUACCCUCACACACACAUCGCACAAACAUGACAUUCAAGUGCCUGCCGUCAUUCAUCUCUGGGGGACAUUGCGAUAUCAGGGAUACGACUCUACUUCCUGGUCAUCCAGCCCCCCACUUUGUCAUUUUUGUUACCUUACAUCCCCAAAAUGUUGAGGCCGACUGUUAAUUCUCCUCAUAUAUUGUUUAAUUUUUGCCUCUGACAUUUGUUGUUUAUAUUGUGCCCUUAUUUGAUUCAAAGAGCUAGAAAUAACAUGUCAGUAUCUUAAAGUAAAUGGUAGAAAUUGAACUGCUGAUAUGUUUUUUUAUACAAUUGGACCACCAAGCAGUAAUCUAGGAAUAGUUUCAGACCACAAAGCGUCUAGAGUUAAUAUUCUCUCCACAUACUAAAUUAAAUGUUAUUCCUAUCUGUGCAUAGAACUGUGUAAUUAUGACAGCAAACAGUAUUUGUACAUGAGUACUUCAGGUAAAACAGUAACUAUAUGUGUGUAAUAGUUAUUAUUGGCCCCUUUUGACAGUAUUUUUUAACUAGAGAUUAGCCGUAAAAGGGCAUAUAAACAGAUACAGUAGGUAAUUUAUUUCAUGUGUGUACAGAAUAGUCUAGAAAAUGUAAAAUGUUCAUCUCUAAAAGGAAAAUUCAACCCUUCAUUUUUCUUAUUGUUGGAUUUGAAGACUUUCAGAGUCCAGAACUUAGUUUGCAGAGUUUUGCUCAUUUAAUAUUUUUAUUAUUUCCCACUCCUCUUCCAUAUCCAUUAUUUUAGCUCCUCUGUUCUGUCGUGCCAGAGGACGGUUCCAGCAAUUAGUCACGUACAGGACCACUUGAGCAUGAUAUAGCCACUUGAGGCUCACUAGUUUAUUGCAAUUUUGAUGUUUUCUAUCACAACAUCAACUGACAAUGUAAUAUAAUCAUAUUACAUUUAUUAAAACACAGUUAUAUUGAUGUAUAUUGAAUGUCGGGGGCACCAGUUUGCCUAUAUUUAUGAUCUUUUCUUAUGCUGUUUGUAUAUCGAUGUAAAAGAGAAUAGUAUUUGUCAGAAUCUUAAGGUUCUUUUUAUUAUUUAUGAAGAGCUUACUGUCUCAGAAACUAAAGGUAUCGUCACUAAUCUCACAGAUAAAUCCGGCCGUGCUGACUGCACUUACAGUUUGUGCAGCAGAGCCCACAACGACCACGUCAGUUUAAAUUCAAAGACGACCUUUGCUCAUCUUGCAGUUGUUUCUAGCUCUGCUUUUUUAAAGAGUUUCUACAUCAAUGUAUUUAUCUGAUAUAUUCCCUGAGGUACUGCCUUCCAGAUUGAUCCUAUUAUCAAACAAAAUGUCGACGGAAACAACCAGAAAUCCAAAUAUUACAAGUUAGUUAUCCUUAGAUGUUCUGGCUAAUCUCCAACGAACGAUAUCAAUGUCUUUACUAUUUAAUUUGCAACUGCUUUCAUGUUACUGUGUUUUCAUGUAGUCUUCUUUUUCUUAAUGUAUUAUUUUAUUUCUUGUGUUUUAAAUCAGGAGUUGAUGUAAUUCUGUAUAAUUGUCUGUUUUUCAUUAGCAGUGCUAGAAGCAUAUUUGUAAUUCAUUUGAAUGAUUUAUUAGGGCACAUGCUUAUGGAAAAGAGUUUAUGUUUACUCACUGGAUGCUGAAGGGCAAUGCUGAAGCCUCAUACUCUAUCGUCGAUUAGACACAGUAUUUAUCUCGUCCAUAUCCCAGUUAAUUUGCUUAUUAUUGGUUAUAGUUGCUUUGCCUGAAGAUGUGUUCAUAUCUUUUUACAAUGUACUUUAUCACAUGUACCAAGACAGCAGGCCAUACCACAUGUAAAUACCACCAUUAGAAAAUAAAGACUACUAUUUUUCAAACCUGGAA